AUGACCCACACGGGGGAGAAGCCGUAUUCAUGUUCCGAGUGCGGGAAGUGUUUCUCCAAUAAGCAAAACCUUAUGGGACAUCAGAUGACUCACACAGGGGAGAGGCCGUUCUCUUGUUCAGUGUGCGGGAAACGUUUUUCCCAUAAGUCUGCUCUUACCACUCACGAAAAAGUUCACACGGGGGCCAAGCCGUAUUCCUGCUCCGAAUGCGGCAAAUGCUUCUCUUUUAAUUCCUCACUCUUUAAGCACAAGAAAACUCACACGGGGGAGAAGCCGUUUUCCUGUGCAGAGUGCGGCAGACAGUUUUCCCACAGGCCAAACCUGAUUGCGCAUCAGAUGACUCACGCGGCCGAAAAGCCAUACUCCUGCUUGGAAUGCGGGAAGCGGUUUUCCCAUAAAUCAACACUCAGCAGCCAUGAGAAUGUUCACAAGGGGGUGAAGCAUUAUUCGUGUUCGGAGUGCGGGAGGUGUUUUUCACACAAGUCAUCCCUCGAUGCACAUGAAAAGGUCCACACGGGUGAGAAGCCAUAUUCAUGCACGGAUUGUGAUAAAAGUUUUUCCCUGAAAUCAUCUUUUUUGACACAUAAGAAAGUUCACACAGGGGAGAAGCCGUAUUCAUGCGCAGAAUGCGGGAAAUGUUUUUCCAUUAAAUCAAAUCUGAUCAGACAUCAGAAAGUCCACACAGGCGAGAAGACAUAUGUAUGUUCGGAGUGUGGGAAAAGUUUUGGCAAAAGAUCGAUUCUCUCUAAACAUCUGGUAACUCACUUAGGGGAGAAGCCAUUUUCCUGUUCCGAAUGUGGGAAAAGCUAUACCCAAAGAUCAACGCUGGCUAUACAUCUGAGGAAUCACUCGGGAGAGAGGCCGUACUCCUGUUCAGAAUGCGGUGAUCGGUUUUCCCAAAAAGCAUGUCUCGUCUCACAUCUAAAGGUCCACACAGGGGAGAGGCCGUAUUCAUGUGCAGAAUGUGGCAAGAGUUUCUCUCGGAAGUCCUCUCUGGUCCGGCAUAUAAAGUUUCAUAAGGGGGAGAAGCCACAUUUGUGCCUAGAAUGCGGGAAAUGCUUUUCGCAGAGAGCCAAACUGAGUUCACACCAGCUAACUCACACAGGGGAGAAGCCUUUUCCUUGUUCAGAGUGUGGGAGAUGUUUUGCCGAAAGGGCAACUCUGGCCAACCACCAGAGAAUACACUCAGGAGAGAAGCCAUUUUCCUGUUCCGAAUGUGGAAAAUGUUUUUCGCAGAGGUCAAAUCUCAUUACGCAUGAAAAAGUUCAUACUGGAGAAAGGCCAUUCUCAUGCCUGGAAUGCGGGAGAGGUUUUACGUCCCGAACCAAGCUUGCUAUACAUCAGAGAACCCACACAGAGGUGAAACCUUAUUCCUGUACGAACUGUGGGAAGUGUUUUUCCUUGAGAGGAAAUCUCAUUUUCCAUCAAAAGACUCAUAGAGUGGAGAGGCCUUACUCUUGCUCCGAAUGUGGAAAAUGUUUUGUGGAAGCCACAACUCUCGCUAAACAUCAGAGAAGUCACACAGGAGAGAAGCCAUAUUCCUGUUCUGAGUGCGGUAGGCACUUUAUUCGAAGAGAACACCUUAUCUCACAUCAGAGGACUCACACUGGGGAGAAGCCAUAUUCAUGUUCGUUAUGCGGGAAAUGUUUUGCUGAAAGAUCAACUUUGGCCAAUCAUGAAAGGACUCACUCCCAAGAGAAGCCCUUUUCCUGUAAUGAAUGUGGCAAAAGCUUUAUCCGGAGAGACCAUCUUGUUUCACAUCAGAGGACACACACGGGUGAGAAGCCGUUUUCAUGUUCUGAAUGUGGGAAAUGUUUUGCCGAACGAUCCACCCUUGCCAAUCAUCUGAGAACCCAUUUAGGACAGAAGCCGUUUUCCUGCUCUGAAUGCGGCCGAUGUUUUGCUCGGAAGGACAACCUCCUUUCCCACCAGAAAACUCACACAGGGGAAAAACCUUUUGCAUGCCCCGAUUGUGGGAAAUGUUUUGCUGAAAGGUCAACUCUUGCGAAUCACCAGAGAACCCACUCAGGGGAGAAACCAUUUUCCUGUCCGAAGUGUGGAAAAUGCUUUUCGCAGAAGUCAAAUCUUAUCAAACACAAGAAGAUUCAUAUGGGGGAGAAGCUAUUUUCCUGUUCGGAAUGUGGCAAAUGUUUCAAAUGGAGGGCCCAACUGACCGUACAUCAGCGGACUCACACAGGGGAGAAGCCUUUUCCUUGUUCCGAAUGUGGGAGAUGUUUCGCUGAUAGGGCAACUCUGGCCAACCACCAGAGAAUACAUUCAGGAGAGAAGCCGUUUUCUUGUUCCGAAUGUGGAAAAUGUUUUUCGCAGAGCCAAAUCUUAUCAAAACACAAGAAGAUUCACAUGGGGGGAGGUUCAUGUUCACUGCACCAAAGAUGUUUUUGA